GUGAAAUUUGUAUGCUAGUCGGCUCCGGCCCUUGGGAAAACCCGAAAAGGCUCAUUAAAAUACCCGCCCCCCACCCUGUCUCACCUCGACGCCGACUCGCCCACGCAACUCAUUCCUUCAUCGACACAUCUUCCUCACCGCACCUCGCCGGAACCCUACCCCCUGCACCUACCCACUCCGCCCUCCGGCCACAUCCGCCCGAUCCCCCCGUUGGAUCGCCGGAUUCCGCAGCAACGGGCUCCGACUCCGAGAUGCCCAUCGCCAGCGACGAGGAGAUGGCGGACGACGAGGACUACUACUACUACAGCGACGAUGCCGAGGGCGACGGCGAGGGCGACGACGGCAGCAGCGCGGGCGGCGGCGGCAGCGCCGACGACGACGGGGAGUCCAGCAACGAGGAUUUGCUCACCGGGGACUACGAGGGCCGGGAGGCGGAGGGGAGCGACGAGGCCGUCUCCAAGCGCGAGCAGAGAUACAUUGUUUUAACUGAAAAGGAUAUAUCUGAUCGCCAAGAGGAAGAUAUGACAAAGGUAUCUGCACUGCUAUUCAUUUCAAGGGAAGAAGCAGGUGUCCUUCUUCACCACUAUAGAUGGAACAUCAGCAAGUUGAACGAUGAAUGGUUUUCUGAUGAAGGAAAAGUACGUCAUACUGUUGGCUUACUUAUGAAUGAAAAUUUUCAUAACUCUAGGAAGCUAACUUGUGGAAUAUGUUUUGAAGAAUAUUCUUCCGACAUGACGAGUUCCGCCGGCUGUGCUCAUUUUUAUUGCCAUGAGUGUUGGGAAGGCUAUAUCAGCGCUGCAGUAAGCCAGGGUCCAGGAUGUUUGUCAUUGCGAUGCCCUGAUCCAGCAUGCAGUGCUAUGGUUCUUCAAGGGCUGGUUAAUAAAUUAGCUAAACACGAAGAUAAAGAAAAAUAUGCGCGAUUUGCUCUACGCGCAUAUGUGGAAGGUAGCAAGAAGACUAAAUGGUGUCCAGCUCCUGACUGUACAUGUGCGGUGGAAUUCAUUAGUGAUGUGAACUAUGAUGUCUCAUGUAAUUGCAAUUACGGUUUUUGCUGGAAUUGCACAGAAGAAGCUCACAGACCAGUUGACUGCGAGACUGUUAAUAAGUGGAUUCUGAAGAACAGCGCUGAGUCCGAAAAUAUGAAUUGGAUACUGGCUAAUUCUAAACCCUGUCCAAAAUGCCAACGGCCGAUAGAGAAACACCAGGGGUGCAUGCACAUGACUUGCACACCUCCUUGCAAAUUUGAGUUCUGCUGGUUAUGUCUGGGUUCAUGGCAAGAACAUGGUGAGAGGACUGGUGGCUUUUAUGCUUGCAAUCGCUAUGAAUCAGCAAAGAAAGAGGGCAUUUAUGAUGAGGCUGAAGCAAGGAGGGAGAGGGCUAAACACUCACUCGAGAGAUAUAUGCAUUACUACGAACGCUGGUCAUCUAAUCAGGCAUCGAGGAAGAAGGCACAGGCAGAUCUGCAAAAGGCAGAAAAGGAACAACUUGCAAAACUAAGUGAUGUUUAUGGAAUACCGGAGACGCAGCUGAAGUUCAUUAUCGAAGCUUGGUCACAGAUUAUAGAAUGCAGGCGAGUGCUGAAAUUUACGUAUGCAUAUGGCUAUUAUCUAGAGGACAAAGUAAAGAGUGGAUUUUUUGAGUACCUACAAGGUGAAGCUGAGUCUGGUUUGGAACGUCUUCAUCAGUGUGCUGAGAAAGACCUGCAAGCAUAUAUGCCUUACUCAAAACCUGAGACCAUCGAGGAUCAUCCUUCGGCGACUGAGUUUGGUGAUUUUCGUGUUAAGCUUGUUAGUCUGACAAGCAUAACAAGGAAUUAUUUCGAGAACCUUGUUCAAGCAUUGGAAGCCGGUCUGGAGGAUGUCACCGCUACUGGCGCUGCUGCUACCUCAAGCGAUAAUGCCACCACCUCCAAGAAAGCAGGAACUAAUGUCAAAGCUGCAAAGAAGCAGCGCUCUGGAUCUUCAGACAACUCGGAUGAAAACAUGGCCAUGUGAGCGCUGCACCUUUCGGAAUCCUUCUUCUGUGGAUGCGUGACAAGAGUUGGUACUAGAUUGGAAAACGGACCAGAAGGUAGAUGCCCAAAGAAGCUCAAAGCGCAUGAAGCAUGUGUGUACCGAUGCUUUAGACUGCCAAGCAGAGCAUCCAACGGAUACAAAUGGUGCACAUAGAGGGGUCCUUUUAUGUUGGUCCGAAAAAUGGUGGCAACAGUGUUGGUUUGGAGAAAGGGCCUGUCUGUUGUAAAUAUUAGUAGCUAUAUAUGAAGGAAAGUGCGUGUAAUGCGGUGGGUUUUUCUACCUAGGUACUGACUAGCGUGAUGUCAAUUUAUCUCCACUAAAAUGGUAGGCAUCUUUUUGGCUAAAGGUGAUUUAGCCGGUGUUGUGUAAGUGUAAAGAGAUUGCUUCACACACGACGUUCUACGUCCGAUAACUGUACGACAUUUCCUUGCA